AUGGACCCCCGAGGGGGUAUCGAUGGACUGUCGUAUGACAUGUCCUCCUUCGUCCCGCAACAGCCACCUCAGAUAUUCGGAGCAUAUAACUCAGACGGCACACCCAUACCCCCGACCUUGCCUCCAGGCGCAUAUUUUGGCGAUUACGAUGGAGGACUCGACGAGAAUGACCCCAAGCGGCGGCGCAUUGCAAGGGCUUGUGACAUGUGUAGGAAGAAGAAAAUUAAAUGCGACGGGAAGAUGCCCAAGUGUGGCCACUGCAUAAAUUAUAAAACGGAAUGCAUCUUCACACAAGUGGAGAAGAAGCGCAAUCCUCCCAAAGGAGCCAAGUACAUCGAGGGCCUCGAGAACCGACUUGGGCGCAUGGAGUCGCUUCUGCGCAUGUCCGGCCUCCUUUCGGAAGACGAGGCUGGCAAGACAGACUUGGGCACACUCGAGAAGCGCCUAGCCGAGAAAGCCUCUUCGAAGGAAUCGACGGCACAGAAGACCGAGUCAUCAGCCCCUUCGAAGAGUAGCUCGGCCUCUAUCGCACCUGAGAACUCGCCCCAGCUAGGGUCCGCGCGGGCCUCUACUGAGACCCCUCGCGACACGGUCACGUCGCCGAGCACAGAUGGCGAUAAGUCAGGUCGGGAAGAGGUGGAAAAUCUUUCCGAGGCCAUGUGCUCAUUGGUGACCAACAACGUGGGCGAGACCAGGUACAUCGGAUCGUCAUCAGCGUUUUCCAUUUUCUCAAGUAAGGGCAUCGAAUGGGUCAAUGAGAAGACCGGCGACACCUCUUUCCAAGAAACCAUACAGAAUGCUGUCAACGAAGACGACACCAAAUGGCAAUACUGGAAACCCGAGAUCUUCGGAGAUAUCUUCGUCCGCCGAGUCUUUAAGCCUCUGCCGCCCAAAGAGGAAGCUCUGUCCCUGUUCAAGGACUUCUUCGAAAACUUCAACUGCAUGUUUCCCUUAUUUCAUGAACCCACCUUCAUGCACCUUGUGGAGAAGCAAUACUCCAAAGAUCCUUAUGAAGGUAGUGGCUGGUGGGCGAGCAUCAACGUCGCCCUCGCCAUUGCUUAUCGUAUUAGAGUCAUGAGCAAUGUUGUUCCGCAAGAAGACGAUCAAAAAGCCUGGCUUUACCUGAAAAACGCUAUGGGGGUCAUCACAGAGUUGACCUUACGGAACACGGAUCUGCUCAGUGUGCAGGCUCUUCUUGGCAUGGCCUUGUUCCUGCAAGGCACUCCGAAUCCUCAGCCGUCCUUUUUCCUCAUUGCAGCUGCCAUCAGGUGUUCUCACACCAUAGGCCUUCACAAGCGUGGAUCGGCAUUCAACCUCAAUCCCAUCGAGGUGGAGCAACGCAAGCGAGUUUUCUGGAUCGGAUAUCUGCUCGACAAAGAUGCGUGUCUCAGGGCGGGAAGACCACCUGCUCAGGACGACGAUGAUAUGAAUGUCGAGUUGCCCUCAGAAGAUCCUCCUGACAACAUAGGCAACGUCCCAUUGGCCGACGGCAAGAGCAAAAUCAACCUUUUCCGCUUGAUGUGUGAAUUUGCAGUCAUCUCCAGCAAGGUUUAUCGCCAGCUGUACUCUGUCAGAGCGUCAAAGCAGAGCGAUGGGGAGCUCCUCAACACCAUUGGGGAGCUCGACCGGGAGCUGGAGGCCUGGAAGGAUAGCAUACCUCUCGAUUUCCGGCCAGAGCACGAGAUCAAAACAUCACACACUCCUCUCAUCUUGCACAUUGUCGUCCUCCAUUUCUCGUAUUACAACUGCUUGACGACGAUCCAUCGCAUGUCGGUCCACCAUGGCUAUUGGACAAGUCGACUGUCGGAAUAUGCUAUUCAGGGACUCAACGCUCGGCCCCUCAACCCAAGAGUCUUCUCCUCGGCUGCACUGUGUGUCUCGGCUGCGCGAGCCUCUAUCCACCUCAUCAAAUACAUUCCCCAGGGCGACUUCGCCUGCGUUUGGUUGAUUCUGUACUUCCCGGUUUCGGCCCUCGUGACUCUCUUCGCGAACAUCUUGCAGAAUCCUCAGGAUACUCGUGCAAGAGCUGACAUCAAGCUCAUGGACCUUGUGGUGAACUUCCUGAGCAAUGUCGCUCAUGACGAGGGGUCUGGAUCGAUCAAUCGGAUGCUUACUGUCUGUGCCGAGUUUGCUCGUAUCGCCAAAGUGGUGAUCGAAAAGGCCGAGAAGGAGGGCCACAAGCGAAAACGCAGGCUUGUGCCAGAAGAAGUCAUGCGUGUCAACCAAUCAGCCAUGGCACAAGUACAGUCAGCGCUUAAUGGACGACAUGCUGGUUCUCGAAGAUCAAGUGGCGUAGGGGGCUCGCCGCGCCCGGGCCCUGGCCACUUACCGUCGACUGCCGGCAUGGCAGCAGCGAACCUAGGGGGCCACUCACCAAGCACAAUGACUCCCAACAAUAACAGCAACCAAAUCUUCAAUAUGUCAGCGUUUGACAACGACUAUGUCGAUAUGCUUUCCGCGCCUGGCUUCAGCCCUGAUCUCGGUAGCCAGCAAAUGCCGAGUUCCACAAUGUCGCCGCUCAAUGCCAGCUCUUUCCAACAUCCCUUUGUCCCUCAGGACUUGUGGCAGAUGCCGAUGACAUUCGAGUGGGACUGGGCAGAAACCUUUGGCCAACCAAGUUAUAACGACUUCAUCUUGAGCGACAACAUGAACGGAAUGCCUCAGCAAUGA